AUGGUUCCUCGCUCCAAGCGGCCAAAGGCUAAGUCACUAAAAAAAUAUUUUGCGAGCGUAGCAGAAAACAGCUCUACUGAAUCAGCUGCUGCUCUCAACAAGUUAUUUGAUAACUAUUGUGGUGAAAAUCCGAAUACCAUCGGCAUUGAAGGUGUGAUUAAAUACCUAGGCGACAUCAAAGUAAAUCUAGAUGAAGUUGUUUGCCUUGCCAUUGCAGAAUUUCUACGCUCUCCAUCUAUGGGAGAAUUUACACGAGAAAGUUUUGUUGAAGGAUGGAAAAAUGUCAACUGCGACACAAUUGCAAAACAAGCUUCCUACGCCGCAAAGCUUCGUGUCAGCCUCCCCAAAGAACCCGAUCUCUUCCGCCGCGUAUACCGCUAUACGUUCGUCAUCUGUCGUUUACCAGGCCAACGAAAUCUCACUCAGGAAAUAGCCACGGAUCAAUGGCGCCUCUUCUUCACCUCCUCUAGCGGUGGGGUUAGUUGGAACACCCUCACCACCCCCUGGCUGGAUUGGUGGAUUGAAUUCGUCGAUGGGCAGCUCAAGCGGCCUGUUAAUAAGGAUUUGUGGGAGCAGGUUGAGGUAUUUAUGCGGAAGACGAUGGAGGAUGAGUCACUUACUUGGUGGAGUGAGGAUGGAGCGUGGCCCAGGGCUAUUGAUGAGUUUGUUGUGUUUGUGCAGGGGAAGAGGGGUGGGAAGGGGGCUAGGGCUGAGGCUAUGGAAGUUGAGUGA